AUGUCCAUGGUUCUUCGAGACCGCAUGUUUGAAGACAUGACAUUCCAAGAGUGGGAGAUGACAACUCGACCAAAGGUUCAGGGUACCUGGAACCUACACAACGCGUCUCUGGCUGCCAAUUCUUUAUCUGGAAUACUGGAUCAAGUCGGGCAAGCCAACUACGCUAGCGCAAACACUUUCCUCGAUGCUUUCGCUCGAUACCGAGCGGGAAUGGGACUCCCUUGCACAUCCCUUGAUCUCGGAGCUAUGGAGGGCAUUGGGUAUCUUGACGAGAACCAGGACUUGCUCCGAAAGAUGAAGGGCACCGGAUGGCGUCCUGUAGACGAGAGUGAAUUAGUCGAAGCACUGAACGUUGCUUUGAUGCCUCCGUCCUCCCCUCAAGAGUACGGAGAUGCAUUCCUCCUCGGUGUUGCUCCCACCGUUCCCCUGGGAAGCGCAGAGAGUAGCACGCGUCUAAGCAAAGACGUGAGAAUGGCGGCAUAUCACAACAUUGGUCGUGGCCAAAGUGAUGCACUCCUAGCAAACGAUGGCCUCCGUGCUUUCCUCUCUUCGGUCAAGAAAGAUCCCAGCAUUCUCAACUCUCACGAGUCUGUCAACACACUUGCCUUGGAGAUUGGCAAGAAGUUGGCCAGCCUGCUCCUCACUGGCGACGUGGAUCUGGACACCAGUACGAACACCGCUGAUAUGGGACUUGACUCCUUGGUUGCCAUUGAGUUACGUGGCUGGUGGAAACUCACAUUUGGUUUCGAGAUUAGCACACUCGAGAUGCUUAGCAUGGGAACGUUGAGCCCUUGCAUCGUUUCAAUGGUGCAUUGUCACGGCAAGAUGGAAUGA